AUGGCUACUAUCACUCUCAAAGGUUCCGGCCAAAAGAUGCCACUGAUUGGCUAUGGUCUCUGGAAGAUCCCAAGGCCCCAGACUGCCGAUGCCGUAUACAACGCCCUAAAGGCUGGGUAUCGUCUCCUUGACGGUGCUGGAGACUAUGGAAACGAGAAAGAGGCAGGCGAGGGCCUCGCUCGCGCGAUCAAGGAUGGCAUCGUCAAGCGCGAGGAUCUCUGGAAUACCUUUCACGCACCCGAACAUGUUGCCAAAUUGGCGAGAUUCCAGCUUGAACUCUGGGGAAUCGAAUACUUUGACCUCUUCCAUAUUCACUUCCCAGUCGCGCUGAAGUAUGUUGACCCUUCUCACCGUUAUCCUCCCGAGUGGUUCGGUGACGACGGCAAGACCGUCGAACUUGACAACACGCCUAUUCAAGCCACAUGGCAAGCCAUGGAAAAGCUUGUUGAUGAAGGGUUGGCAAAGGACAUUGGCGUCAGUAACUUCAACGGCUCGCUCCUGCUCGAUGUUUUGCGCUAUGCUCGCAUUCCGGUUUCUGUCCUUCAGAUUGAGCACCACCCAUACUUGACUCAGGAGCCUUUGGUCGCCCUCGCCAAAAGCCGUGACAUUGCCAUCACCGCCUAUUGCUCGUUUGGGCCAGCGAGCUGGAUCGAGUUGAACAUGCAUCAGUCUGUUCCUUCCCUUCUCGAGCAUGACACAGUUGCGCAGAUUGCCUCCAAGCACGGCAAGACUCCAGCACAAAUUCUGCUCCGCUGGGCUACCCAGCGCGGUAUUGCAGUCAUUCCUAAGUCCAACAACCCGGAUCGUGCUGCAGCCAACCUCAAGUCGGACGACUUUGACAUCCCGGAGGAGGAUAUGAAGACACUUUCUGGGCUCAACCAAGGUCUCCGCUUUAACGAUCCCAGCGCGUUUGGCCAACUAAGCUACUAUGACGAAAGCAUCUUAGACCAAGAGUAUCUGAUUGCCAAUAUCAUUGAAAGCACUCACUUCAAGCAAUUUUCGCCAUCGACGACAUUCGAGAGAAGCUUUUGGAGGCGGAUUAUCGAUCAGCUGGAAUCUUCUGGCGAGGAGGUGGAUGAGCGCAUAUACACUCGGUAUCUGGCACUAUUGCCGGCUGCCAAUGCUUCCAACAAUCCUUAUGAAGUCACAGUGAUGCCCUCUACAAGCUACACGACAUAUCUUAUCGAACCUCCUGCCGAAAGCGUAUCGCUGCUUCGCCCUAUCCAGCUACUCAGGAUAACCUUGAAAGAGUCUCAGAAGACCAUUGAGCGAGGGACGACCGGCUUCCGAACUUGGAAACCUAGCCUAUUCCUCGUAGAUCAUCUUUUGCAUAACCCUGAUCUUGUCCGAGCACAGGUUCUGGAACUUGGCUGUGGGGUCGGCUUGUUGGGUACGACCAUACGAAUACUUCAAUGCGCAUACGAAAAGCAGAAUAGCUUGAAUGGAGAGAAAUAUUCUAUUCAUAUGACGGAUAUUGAUGAAGACGUACUCUCGACAUGUCGUUCAAACCUUUUGUUACCACCAAAUGAACUAGACGAUACUGGUGUACAAUGGAGUCAACUAGACUGGAACGAUGCUCUACCAGGUGCCCCAAACCGCGAGCCAAUGUGCGCGAGGCUGCGGAGACUUAGACCAACGGUCGUAUUUGGCGCCGAUUUGGUUUAUGAUCUGAGCAUCAUCCCGGCACUAUCACAUCUUCUCGCUAUUUUGUGUCAACUGGAAAGCAAGCCUACCAUCCUCCUCACUAUCACAGUGCGCCGGCAAGAAACGAUGGAUACCUUUCUGGAAGAAACUGGAAACCUCCAUCUGCGAAUAGAGGAGAUCCCUCUUCCUCCCUUCUCUCAGACGGUAUUUGCCAAUCAUCGAGACAGUGUCGAUUCCGACGUCGUGAUUAAGAUGGUCAAGGUCUCCGUGAAAUUUACUUCUGAUAGAAAGCCAGUGAUUUAA